AUGGCAAACAAGCGUUCCAAGAACACUCAAUUGGAUGUCGAUGACGCGACUUUAAAGUAUUCCAAGAAUAGAGAUAAAUUUGAAUUUCUUGGAGAGAAGUGGCUAUCAAAACCAGCCCCAAACAAUGCAUCAACAUAUAGAAUUCUGCAGUGGACCAUCACAAUUAUUGCAUUAGUGAUCAGAUUUAGAAAGCUCUCAUAUCCACGUGAGGUUGUUUUUGAUGAGGUUCACUUCGGUAAAUUUGCCUCAUACUAUUUGGAGAGAACCUUCUUUUUUGAUGUUCAUCCACCUUUUGCCAAAAUGCUCAUCGCGUUUGUCGGCUGGCUUGUUGGAUACAAUGGCUCUUUCAAAUUUGAUGACAUUGGUUUGAGUUACGAUACAUAUCCAGCUCCAUUCGUUGCAUACCGGUCACUCAGUGCAAUCCUCGGAACACUCACUGUUCCGAUUGUGUUCAAUACUUUGAAAGAACUUAACUUCAGGGCUGCCACCUGUGCGAUGGGUGCGCUUCUUAUCGUUUUUGACAAUGCUCAUGUAAUCGAUUCAAGAUUGAUCUUGUUGGAUGCAACGUUGAUUAUUUCCAUAGCGAUGUCCAUUUACUGUUAUGUGCGUUUCUACAAGGUUCAAUUGAAAAGUCCUUUCUCCAGUGCGUGGUACUUAUGGCUUUAUGCAACCGGCGCAUCACUGUCCUUUGUUAUUUCCACCAAAUAUGUUGGUCUUCUAACAUACGCCACAAUAGGCACUGCCGUGGUUGCGAAUUUGUGGCAACUAUUGGACGUGAGGGCAGGAUUAUCUUUGCGUCAAGUUGCCAGGCAUUUUGUGCAGAGGUUAAAUGGUCUGAUAUUUGCACCUUUUUUAGUCUAUUUAUUCUGGUUUUGGAUCCAUUUUGCCAUAUUAACAAAGUCAGGUCCUGGAGAUGCAUUCAUGUCACCACAAUUCCAAGAGACUUUAAGUGACUCACCUCUCGCUAAAGAAGCAAAAGAAGUCAGAUACUAUGACAUCGUAACCAUCAAACAUAAAGAUACUGGUGCCUUCCUUCAUUCUCAUCUUGAGAAAUACCCUCUGCGUUAUGAAGAUGGUAGAAUAUCUUCUAAUGGACAACAGGUCACUGGCUAUGGUCAUGAAGACGUGAAUAAUCAAUGGGAAAUUUUACCAGCGGUUGAGCUACCUGCUAGGCAGCCCCAUCCUUUGAAGCUUAACGACAUAAUAAGGCUAAGGCAUGUCGUUACCGGAACGUACCUCUUAGCGCAUGACGUUGCCUCACCCUUAUAUCCAACAAAUGAAGAAGUUACUACUGUUUCUGAGGAGAAUGCCAAUGGAGCCAAUUACCAAGAGACAUUAUUUAAAUUUCAGCCCGCUACAAAUGGCGAUAGUGAAGGAAUCGUGAAGACUAAGGCUUCGUUGUUCAGGAUUAUACAUGUCGACACAACAGUGGCCCUUUGGACUCAUAAUGACGUUCUUCUCCCUGACUGGGCCUUUAACCAACAGGAAGUGAACGGAAAUAAAAAAAUAAUUGAUAGGGAGAACACUUGGUUUGUGGAAGUCAUUGUGAACAUUGAUGAAGCUAGGAAAAUAUACAAGCCAAAGCCGAUAAAAAAGCUGUCAUUCUUCACCAAAUGGACUGAAUUACAAAGAUUAAUGUUUGAACACAAUAACAAGCUAACCUCUGAACAUCCCUUUGCGUCUCAACCGGAAACCUGGCCAGGGUCUCUCAAUGGCGUUUCAUUUUGGACUGAUGAUGAGAAUAAGACCCAAAUAUUUUUCAUUGGUAACAUCAUCGGUUGGUGGUUUCAAGUGAUAUCUCUGGCAUUGUAUAUGGGAAUUGUCCUUGCUGAUAUGCUAACUAGGCAGCGAGCAGUUUAUCCUUUGAGUAAGAUGGCUAGACAGCAAUUGUACGGUCCACUUAUUUUCCUUUUCGCUGGUUGGGUUUGUCACUACUUCCCAUUCUUUUUGAUGGGUCGUCAAAAGUUCUUACAUCAUUACUUGCCAGCCCAUCUAAUCGCCUCUAUGUUCUCGGCUGCCCUUUGGGAGUGGAUCUUCACUGAUAACAAGUCUUUGGACAUUGAUAAGGAUGAAGAAAACCCUGCCAAUGCUUUUGAAGCCAACCCUAAAAAUCGUACCAUAAUAAUGUGCGCUUUUUACUCCAUGUUGACUAUCGCGCUUGUGUGGUUUUUCAUAUAUUUCGCUCCUAUCACAUAUGGUGAUGUGUCCUUAACCCCUCAAGAGGUUGUUGAUAGGCAAUGGCUCAAUGUUAAACUGCACUUCGCUAAAUGA